AUAUGAUGGCUGCUAGUUUUAUACCAUUGGAUAUAAGUAAGUGAAAUUAUAAAACAUUUUUCGUAUUGGAAUCUUGAAUCUACGUCAACUUCAUUCAUGUUUGUGUUAUUGAACUAAUCCUAGAAAUUGGAGAGAAACUUUGAACACUUGGGCUGGAUAAUGGAGUUAUCAAAAUUGUCCUUAAUUAACUAAGGUUGAUUGACAUCUACAAAGAAAAUGGAGGUCACCAUUUAGGAAGGCUUUUCUUUCACGCUGAAAAGUCUUUGCUGUGACUGCACUGAUUUUUGUACUUUUAGUGCUUUCAUAUUAACUUUUUAAAUGGUGAGACCACAAUACUUUGUCCUAGAGUAACUAUAGGUCUUUAGUGGGUCCUCAUAUUAAUAAAAAAAAUUGCUCUUUUAUGACCAUUCUGGUGUUCAUAAAAUGCGUUCACACAUGGAAAUUUUCUCACUUCUUCAAGAAAGAUCACAGAAAAUAUUUUGCCACAAGAAAAGUCCCAUCAGAAGUACCUGCCAGUAAUUGCAACUAUUAUAGAAAGAUGCUGGGGAUUCAGAAUUCUGAUGUGCUCUCAUUCAAGCUAAAUGCCAUUGCUGACAGGCAAGCAGGGAAGUGCUUCCAGCAAAUUGAGUGGGCCAUCAAGCAUGUGCUUUGCCCUUGCCUUUCUAAAUCAUAUGCUUUCAAUUCUGAUGCUCCUAUUGGACAUGGGAGACUUAUUCACACAUCACAAUGGCUGUGAUUUUGCCUCAGGUUCACUUAAUCCAAUCUGCUUUAUUGAUUUUCUUUUAUCAAAUCAAAUCCUACCAAAAUUUGGAUUGUGAAUAUUUGAUUGAUGAGAAAGCUAUGUAUAUUAUAAUAAGAGUUUUUCCAAUCUGAAUAUAAUGAUGCUGAAAUGCAUUUGCAUGUGAUUGAAAAUCUCCAAUGAGUGAAUUUUUUCUAUA